AUGGAAGAUAUGAGGUACGUAGCCGAGAGGCUAGUUAUCCGGUGUAAUGAAGCCGUUAUGCAACUUGAGCUGUCCAUCCAGCGAAAGAUGUGUGAGUUUGAUCCAAACAAUUCUCACUGUUUUAUACAGGUACAGGAGUACUAUUCAUUCCUGGCAAGACUAAGCUCUUUGAAGUUACGUGCUGAGCAUGUUCAAGAAAGUCUACGUCACCAAAGGAAAGAUCCAAAUGAUGUCUGUAUCGAAUAUGAGACUUUGGAGAAACUGAUCUACGAAUUUCAAGAUAUAACAAUGAGUUUAAACGAAGUGGCCAGGGCAUAUCAAAGUCCUACAAAAUCAGCUCGUUCAGGGUCCAGUAAAGAAUCAUCUGUUAUCCCUUUGAAAACCCUGAAGAUCAUUGAAAGGAACAGGGAUUCUUUAAUAGGCACUUCUCCAAUGAAAAAAAGCCUAUCCCAGCUGAAAAAGGAAGAACACAAUCAGUCACUACCAGCAAAGAGAAAUGUGAGGUUUCAAGAAGAUGAUUUAGAUAUUUUGCACCAUUUGCAUUCUGUAAAAAGAGCCAAUUCUUUACCUGGAUCACCAAUGCCGGAUACACUACUGGAAUCGCAGAUGUUCUCCCGAGAACAUAAAACUCUUCGAAUGGCGAAAUCAUAUGAUGUGGGCUUGAAUGGUAGAGCAAAGAAGAAUGCGGACUGGGAAUUCUUCAAAAACAAAAACCGUUUAUCACUGUCAGUUUUUGAUGAUGUAAAUACAGAUGCUAGUGAUGAAGAAACCGUAAUAUCGGUAUCCCCACCAAAUAUAUCAUAUUAUCUAUCCCAAAAUGAAGAUCAAUAUCCAUCUAAACAGGUAAGGCGCUGUAAUUCUCAUGAAAGCAUUCUUUCUAGGAAAAUUCUAUCACCUUCAACUCCAGCUAACCUAAUAAUGAGACCAACGUACCAAUCUGUUUGGCAGAAAAAGGCCAUCGUCACAAAACCAACAAUAAGCUGUAGUACUUCGAAUUCAACCGCUUCGCCAACUAUCGGGUCACCGCAUCUAUCAAAAGAUAUGUUGAGCCAGUUCGUAACAGCUCCACCAUCUAAGAAGUAUAGAGGAUGGUUCAGUUCGUCCAACUCAACCCCAUUUGCAUCCUCUAUUUUUCAAAAGUGGUUUAAUUCGGACUCUCUAGUAACGAAAGAAAUUGGAAAUCCUGAUAAUUCGUCUCCAUCGAGUGGACGACCCAUUGUGGAAAAUCGACAACGGCAUUCAAGCUCUAACAGUUACUCUACAUCGAUAGUAAUAGGACCGAAUGGCGCAAAGUUCAUCCGUGGGCUAAAUGACCCAUUAGUAACUUGUACUGUUUCAUAUAAUGAACUUCAAGAGGCAUUGAACACUGAAUUUAACUUCUGA